AUGGACGAUUACUCCGAGCAGACCAUAUGUCACCAUCAAGAAGACCGUCAAACUCGCGAGGUCUAUCGGUAUUUCCAGCCAGCAAACCCAGCGGCGCUAAAUACAGUCUGGCCUCCCACGGACAAUUCAGCCUCUACAAUCGACCUGUCAAGGGAUACGGAUUAUGCUGUUCAGGCUGACGAGGUUUCUGAAACAGCCUCUGUCAGAAGCAGGCCACUCUACAGUCCAAAUAAGACUUUGACGUCUUUUGCGCAGCUGGCAGCUCUACGCCUAAACGCAGAGCGUGCCUUCAUUACAAUAUUGAAUCGCGACUCUCAGUUCAUAUUAGCCGAAGCUACACGAACAACCAAUGUGGGAAGCUCGAAAUUACCCGUUAUGAAGGAGAACGAACUCCUUACUGGAACAUCUACAUUGGCAGAUGCUUGGAAUAUUUGUCAGGAAACGGUCGAAAUUCAACCGGAGGAACAGCAAAAUGAAACAUAUUCCUUUUUGAUAAUCGACGAUCUGGGAAAGGAAGAUCGCUUCAAACGAUUGCCUUUCGUAGAAGGCGAGCCGCACUCCCGUUUUUACGCCGGAACGCCCCUAACAACCGAUAACAACAUCAAUUUGGGCUGCUUGUUCGUAUUGGACCCUGAACCACGUAAAGGGUUGUCCGAUAUUGAGAAGGAUACACUAGGGGCAGCGGCAGCGAUGGUUAUGGACUACUUACAGGUCAGCCGCCAGGCCAUCGAAGGACGCCGCGCCUCGCGGUUAUCUCAAGGUCUUCGCCUUUUCGUGGACGGCAAUUCCAGCUUCGCCGAUGAUCUCCCCAGUUCUCGUUCGCACAGCUCAAAUAAUAGUCCCUCCUCGCAAGUAUCGCCUUGUCGUAGGGCGAGCAGAUCUACAAUCACUCGAGACAACAUUUUGAAUCUUCGCUCAGCGCAGACUGAGAACGACGAUACACACCUUCAAGAUGGAGAUUCACAAGUGUUGAGCCCAGUUCCUUCCGAGGAGUUGGACACUGGCAUUUUAUCUAGCUUAGCAUCAUCACCACAUAGUUCACGACAAGGCGACAAUAGUUCGACAGUCUCGAGCAGCAAUGAUUGGCUUUUUCAGCGAGCUGCGAACCUUUUACGACAAAGCCUAGACUUGGACGGUGCUGGUGGUGUGGUAUUUCUGAAGACCGACGAAGACUCAUCGAACAGCGUUGCCGGUAGCCACUGCUCUUCCGCUACUUCCAAGACUUCUACACCUGUCCUUGCACUGUCCACCAGAGAUGAUCCAUUUUCAUAUCAGACAGACUUUGAGACAUCACACCCAGCUGCAAAGUUUGACAAUGUUUUUCUAAGUCAAUUAUUUCGACGCUACCCUAAAGGCAGACUCUGGUCAUUCCAUCGAGAUGGGACUUUGUCCACUUCGGACGAAGAACAAUCCAUUGGCCCACCUCAAAAACAGAAUAAAAGGUCCAGGGUCUCAGAAGCCAGCAAAUUGAAUGACUACUUUCCAGACGCGUGUCAGGUCAUGUUUGUUCCAUUAUGGAAUGCCACCAAUCUGCAGUGGUUUGGAGGGUGUUUCUCUUGGACCCCUCAGCCGACACGAGUUUUUAGUCGGGCUGUCGACCUGAGCUCAAUGUUUGGCUUUGCUUCAUCCAUGAUGACCGAAUACAGCCGCGUUGAAUCAGUUAUUGCAGACCGCCAAAAAGGGGAUUUCAUAAGCAGCAUUUCCCACGAACUGCGCAGCCCAUUACAUGGUGUCCUAGCAGCCGCGGAGUUUUUAGGAGGCACCCACCUGGACAAGUUCCAAGAGUCUCUACUCGAGACGGUGAAUGCAUGCGGUCGAACUCUCUUGGAUACGAUGAAUCAAGUAUUGGAUUUUAGCAAAAUCCUGUCAUUAGAGAGGCAGAGGAAGAGAUCUAAGCACAGGAAAGACCCAAGGAAACCAAAAACUCCUGACGAGAGUCCAGCGCGGUUGGAUGCACUCGUGCCAACAGAUCUUGCUAUAUUAGCCGAGGAUGUUGUGGAUAGCGUAUGUUUGGGACAUUCGCAUAUUCAGAGGUCAACCACGUUUACCAACAAUCCCAACGGCAUUUCACCGACUUCGUCUUCACCGCCACCCACAGAUAGCAACAGAAUGGUCUCUGAUCUAGACGUGGAGGUUGUCGUCGAUAUUAGUGAAAAUGACUGGCUUUAUAAAGUCCAGCCCGGCUCCCUGAGACGUCUAGUCAUGAACCUUCUUGGAAACGCUCUCAAGUAUACCAAAAAGGGCCAUGUUUCUGUCUCCAUUGAGGCAACAGAGCAUUCAAAGGGUCGUCCUCGACGUCAGGGCCUUGAGGACAUUGUAACGUUGACUGUUGCAGACACGGGGAAAGGCAUUUCGAGUGAAUACCUUCGGACACGAUUAUAUACACCUUUCGCACAAGAGGAUACACUAACUCCCGGAACUGGCCUUGGUCUAUCAAUUGUUCGCGACAUUGUGAGAACACUUAAUGGAAACAUCCAAAUUCAAAGCCGGGUAGGCGAAGGCACUGUUGUUAAAGUGACAAUACCCCUUGAACGUCCAGUUGGGUCGAAUAGCCGGCCAUCAACGCUCGACGUCCAGAAAUCGGCGACAGAGGCGCGUACAGCAUCCUCCCGACUUCGUCAACUGGAUUUGACAGGAAAACGCGCUGCAAUAUACGGGAUGGGCUCUUCCUGUCUUGGUGAGCAUCGGUUCUGGUCAUCGAUUGCUCGGUACAUCACGAACUGGUAUGGCUUGAGGCUGGUGCCUUGGUCCGCCGAUGAGCAACUUGAUAUUCUAUUUGUUGGCGAAAACGAUUUGUCCGUAAAGGAGUGCCAGCGUCUGGGCACCACCUUCCCAAACAUGAUUUUUUUCCGCAACGACAUGGGCAGCUCUAGCGAUACUAGGAUACAAUGGUCGCAAUUUCCCGCUUCCAUUUCGUUUCUUCGCCGACCUUGUGGUCCAGAAAAGCUUGCCAGGGGGAUUCUGGACUGUCUUGGAACGGAACCGACAUCUCCUACGCUGCGUUCGCUUAUCCCCGGACGAAAGUUCGUUAUCUCAGAACGACUCGGGCGCUCAGGUCCGGUCCCACCAGUUGAGAGGCCUACGUCCCCGCCAUCCGGUAGCCUGGAAUCAACGGCUGGUGAACUGUCCAAUCCCAUCUCAGAUUCCUGCAGUUUCUUCGUGGACCCUGCGGAGUGUGAUGUCCCUGUACAAUCCCCAGAUGCAAACAGCACCCGUCGCAUCAAAACCGGAAUCACCGCUUCCAGCCCUCAUACACCAUAUACUCCCAUGCCCAGCGGCUCAGCUCAUGCCGAGUCCUCCUCUGAGCCUCAAAUGGGACCUCGGGUGUUGCUGGUGGAUGACAACGAUAUCAACCUUCGACUUAUAGAGACUCUCGUGAAGAAAAGGAAAGUCAUGGCCGUAGAUACGGCACACGAUGGCAGAGAAGCUGUUGAUUUCGCAGAAAGGACGAUUCCGGGGUACGACCUCAUUUUCAUGGACAUGUCUAUGCCAGUAAUGAACGGGUUCGAAGCGACGCGUGCCAUACGUGCGAUUGAAAGAAGUCGAAAUGGCUGCGUUCCGGCUAAGAUCAUUGCUUUUACUGGACUCAGUAGCCUGCGCGAUGAGUCCCGAGCAUUGGAGUCAGGAGUGGACUUGUUCCUUACGAAACCUGUUUCGCUUAAGGAAGUAUCACGGCUGGUCGACGAGUGGGAAAGUGGAUUAUCAAGAUAA